AUGGCGCCUGGGCCGCUGAGGUGGGAGCGGCUCGCCAUGAGCGCGUGGGCGGCCGGGAAGGCGCUCGCGGGGCCCUCGGCCCGCCUCGCCAACGGCCUAGAGAUCCCCAUGCUGGGGCUGGGAACAUCCCAUUAUGGUGGCUACUCCCAUGAUGCUGUGGUGUAUGCGCUUCAGAAAUGUGGCAUUCGUCAUAUUGACACGGCAAAGAGAUAUGGCUGUGAAUCGCUCCUGCAGGAGGCCAUCAAGGAGAGUGGUGUAAAACGGGAGGAUCUCUGGAUAACUACCAAGCUCUGGCAUACAGACUAUGGCUACGAGAACGCUAAACAAGCCUGCUUAGAGUCCUGCAAGAGACUUGGUGUUGAUUAUCUAGAUCUUUACUUGGUGCAUUGGCCUGACACACACAUCCCCGGUAAAAGCAAUCGAGAAGUCAGAGCAGAGACCUGGCGAGCCAUGGAAGAGUUGUAUGAGAAAGGUUUAUGCUGGUCUAUUGGAGUAAGCAACUUUCUUAUUUCUCAUUUGGAACAACUGAAGGAAGACUGCCAAGUAACCCCGCAUGUUAACCAGGUUGAAUACCACCCUUUCCAUAGGCCUCAAGAAUUAGUGGAUUACUGCCAAAGCAGGAAUAUUGUUUUCGAAGGCUACUGCCCACUUGCUAAAGGUGAAGCCCUUAGUCAUCCAGACGUAAUUCAGCUUGCAAAGAAAUAUGGCAGAACUUCUGCACAAAUAUGUAUACGCUGGAGCAUACAGAAUGGCAUUGUCACUAUUCCAAAGUCUACAAAACCAGAGAGGGUCCUGGAAAACUGUCAGGUCUUUGACUUUAGUCUGCAAAAAGAAGAUAUGGAAUUUUUAAACUCCAUGAAUAUUGACAGAAAACUGAUUCACCUUACCUACCCAUUAUGGAAAGGAUAAUCCUAAAACAUUGCAAUGGCUCAAACCAUGAAGAUAUCAGAACUACACAGAUCCUUCUUGCUAUAAAUUUAUUUUAGACAGCCCAAUAUUCCCAUCUUCCUACCUCAUUAAAAUACCUUUCGGGAAAUCAUGAGUCAUUCUUCAUCCCAACUAAAUCGAAAUAAAAUGAUAUUAUAGAAGACA